AUGGCCGCCACGUACCGGAGCCACCACCGGCACUAUCACUCGCCGUCGCCCCACCAUCACCACCACCAUCAAGGUGGUGGCGAGCGGAAGUCACGAUCCUCGCCACGGAACCACCAUCACCAUCACCUGCAGCAGGGCAACGCGGGCGAGAAGCUCCAGUAUCAGAACGCAUUCGGGGGCUCGGUGGGCGCCAACCUCGGCGGAUCGCCCUCGUCGUCCUCGGAGCGAUACUACCGGCACUACCCGUCCCACCAGCACCACCACCUGUCGGGGGCAGUGGGCAGUGGUGGCAGCGGCGGAUACUACGAUCUGAGCGAGAAGCUCGACAGCAGCCUAACGGUGGGCGGCGGAAGUCGGAGUUCCGAGAAGAGCAGCAGUCUGAUCAGUGGCGAUAGUAACAAUAACCACCACAAUGGCCACCACCACAGCCCGGCGUCCGGUGGGUCGGCGAGUAUCCUGAGCCACGGGAGCGAUAGUAAUGUGGCCACAGGGAGUGGCAGCAAUGCCAGUGGUGGGAGCAAAAAGCGCACGAUCGUGCUGGUGGGCGAUGGGAGGAGCCGGGUGCGGCGGGUCGUUAGGACUCAGACGCGCCAGAUAACGGUCGUCAGUUACUCCGGGCGAAAGAAGGAAACGGAAACGCACACCAGUCACCACGCGACCAUAGUCAGGUAA